GCGAAAACCUUCGAGGAUAUAUUUUUUUCUAGGGACUUUCAGAAGCAAGCAGCUAACCCUAAGGAAAAAAAGGGAAACUAAUUUACCUUUUUUUUUCUUUUUGAAACUUCUUCUGAUUCGAAGUUAUAUAGGUAAAGAUCUAGGUUUCUUGUUUUUUAUUUUUCUUCUCAAAUUUCUAGUUUUGAAACCAAAUUUUAUAUAGGUAAGGGUUGGAGAUCAUUUAUGUUUUGGUCAGAUUCAAUUACACGAGUAUGUGAUUUCAAGUACUCCAAACAGAACUCAACGAUCCCUUGAGGAACAAGGAUCUUCAUUACAGACAACCUUGUUCUACUUUUUUACAAGCCUAUAAUGGAGCAGUUCAGGCAAAUCGGCGAGGUUCUUGGAAGCUUAAACGCGCUUAUGGUAUUACAAGACGAUAUCUUGAUCAAUCAGAGACAAUGCUGUUUGUUGUUAGAGAUUUUCAGUUUGGCUUUCAACACGGUAGCCGAAGAUAUCAGACAAAACUUGAAGCUGGAAGAGAAGCAUUCCAAAUGGAGAGCCCUUGAACAGCCUUUGAGAGAGCUCUACAGAGUGUUUAAAGAAGGUGAAACCUAUGUUAGAAAUUGCAUGUCUAAUAAAGAUUGGUGGGGCAAAGUAAUUAAUUUUCAUCAGAACAAAGAUUGUGUUGAGUUUCACAUACACAACUUGUUCUGUUACUUCCCUGCCGUGAUCGAAGCCAUCGAAACAGCUGGAGAGAUCUCUGGUCUUGACCCUUCUGAGAUGGACAGAAGGAGAGUUGUGUUUUCGAGAAAGUACGAUAGAGAGUGGAAUGAUCCUAAGCUGUUUCAGUGGAGGUUUGGGAAACAGUAUCUGGUUCCCAAGGAUAUAUGCAACCGCUUUGAGCAUUCAUGGAGAGAAGACAGGUGGAAUCUAGUGGAGGCGUUACAAGAGAAGAGAAAGUCCAAGAGCGAUGAGAUUGGCAAGACGGAGAAGCGUUUAGCUGACUUUCUGCUGAAGAAACUGACCGGUUUGGAACAGUUUAACGGUAGGCUCUUCCCGAGUUCGAUACUGGUUGGUUCUAAAGAUUACCAAGUGAGGAGGAGACUAGGCGGUGGUGGUCAGUACAAGGAGAUUCAAUGGUUAGGUGAUUCUUUCGUGUUGAGACAUUUUUUCGGAGAUCUUGAGCCGUUGGAUGCAGAGAUAUCUUCUCUGUUAUCGCUAUGUCACUCGAAUAUACUUCAGUACCUAUGCGGAUUCUAUGAUGAAGAGAAGAAAGAAUGCUCUCUGGUAAUGGAGUUGAUGCACAAAGACUUGAAAAGCUACAUGAAGGAGAAUUGUGGACCUAGAAGAAGAUAUCUCUUCUCUGUUCCCGUUGUGAUUGACAUCAUGCUUCAAAUCGCUAGAGGGAUGGAGUAUCUUCAUUCAAACGAGAUAUUCCAUGGAGACUUGAAUCCAAUGAACAUUCUUUUGAAAGAGAGAAGCCACACCGAAGGUUACUUCCACGCCAAGAUAUCCGGUUUCGGUUUGAACUCGGUCAAAACUUUUACUCGAGCUUCCUCUAGACCAACCACUCCUACUCCUGUGAUUUGGUAUGCACCUGAGGUAUUAGCAGAGAUGGAGCUAGACCUCAAAGGUAUAACAACUCCGAGAUCGAAGUUUACACAUAAAGCUGAUGUGUAUAGCUUUGCUAUGGUGUGUUUUGAGCUUAUAACAGGCAAAGUACCGUUUGAGGAUAGUCAUCUACAAGGAGAUGAGAUGGGUAAGAACAUAAGAAGAGGAGAGAGACCUCUCUUCCCAGUCCCUUCCCCUAAGUACCUAGUCAGUCUUAUCAAACGGUGUUGGCACUCAGAACCUAGCCAGCGUCCCACAUUCUCUUCCAUCUGCCGGAUACUCCGCUAUGUCAAGAAGUUCUUAGUUGUGAAUCCGGACCAGGGUCACAUGCAAAUCCAAAACCCGCUUGUGGAUUGCUGGGACUUGGAAGCAAGAUUCUUGAGAAAGUUCUCGAUAGAGUCAGGGUCUCACGCGGAGUCCGUGAUGCAAAUACCGUUCCAGCUAUACUCGUACAGGGUCGCGGAGAAAGAGAAGAUGAGUCCAAACUUGAACAAAGAAGAGAGUUCUGACACAGGAGGUGAGUCUGCUUCAGAAAGCGUUUCGGAUCCACCAACAACGCCAAAGUAUACAAAGUCAUUGUGCUUAGAUGCAAUAUCUGAAUACUCAGAGUCGUCGGAUACAAGAUCAGUUUACUCAGAGGCUCCUACGAAAAAAAUCUCAUCAGCUUUAAAGAAAAGUGGUGGUGACAUGGCCAAACUCAGAAGAAAUUCAAGCACAGGUUUCCGGUCAACAGGAUCAUCGCCAGUAAAGCCAAGACCAGCACCGAAAGUGUCAUUGCCGUUAAGUCCAUUUGGAAGAAACAGCAAAACAAGGAAGGAUACAAGACUGCCUUUGAGUCCUAUGAGUCCUUUGAGCCAUCCAAGACGUAGUAGACAUCUCUCCGGUCCUGCUUCUGACUCUGAGCUAACUUAGCUUUUUAAGCACCCAUACUUCUUGUCAUUUUUGUUUGUGUGUGUAAAAUUUACUAGUUUCAAUUCGUUUGUCCGUUAGAUACUUCCCUUGUUGAUUUUCUAGCUUCUGCAAGACUAAUAAAUAUUUGAUUUUUCCGACUGUAUUUGGAAUUUCAUCGA